AUGUUUCCGGUAACGAGAGGUUUAAUCAGAAACUUGUCGUCGUUUCAUCUUCUUCGUCUUCCUCUCGUAGCAGCAGCAAUGGCUCCUACUGGUGUCGUUAGGGUUUACUCCACUCCUGUCUCUCCCUCUCCUUCGGAGGUUUCCGUCAAGCAAGUUGGUACUCAUAAUGGAAGCUUUCACUGCGACGAGGCUCUCGGUUGCUUCAUGAUUCGCCUCGCCGAUAAAUUCUCCGGCGCCGAUAUCGUUCGCACUCGUGACCCUAAGAUACUGGCUGAGCUUGAUGCAGUGCUUGAUGUUGGAGGUGUUUAUGAUCCGGAUUCUGACCGUUAUGAUCAUCACCAGAAAGGUUUUGAAGAGGUCUUUGGACAUGGAUUUAACACCAAACUCAGUAGUGCUGGUCUCGUUUACAAGCAUUUUGGGAAGGAGAUUAUAGCUAAGGAACUAAACGUCGACCAAGAUCACCCGGAUGUUCUUCGAUUGUUUUUAGCUGUCUACAAGAGCUUCAUGGAGGCAAUUGAUGCUGUGGACAAUGGAAUAAAUCGGUAUGAUACUGAUAAGCCUCCAAGAUAUGUGAACAACACACAUCUGUCUUCAAGGGUUGGAAGAUUGAAUCUGGAUUGGAUUGAUCCUGACCAGUCACAAGAGAAGGAGAACGAGGCUUUUCAACGUGCAAUGGCUCUGGCUGGAAAAGAGUUCCUCGAAAGUGUCAGAUUUCAUACAAGAUCGUGGUUACCGGCUAGAUCAAUCGUGGUGCAGUGUCUUGAAGAAAGAUUCAAGACAGACCCAAGUGGUGAGAUCAUGGAAUUAAAAAAAUUUUGCCCUUGGAAGCUUCACUUGUUUGAGCUUGAGCAAGAGAUGAAGAUUGAACCCCUCAUCAAAUACGUCAUCUACCAGGACGAGCGAGGAAAUCAGUGGAGAGUUCAAGCAGUAGCGGUUGCACCAGACAGGUUUGAGAACCGAAAGGCUCUUCCUGAACAAUGGAGAGGCCUUAGAGAUGAGGAACUCUCUAAAGUCGCUGAGAUACCCGGUUGCGUCUUUGUCCACAUGAGCGGUUUCAUCGGCGGAAACCAGUCCUACGAAGGCGCUCUGUCCAUGGCUCGAACCGCUCUCACUCUCUGA